AAUGAGUGGUCAUGUAUUAUGCAAAGCGAGGGAAAGCUGCGCUACGAGACAGGCUUGAGCUUGAACAUCAACUAGGCAGGGGAUGAGGGGCAGAACUCCCCCUAGCAAAGCCUGUGCUGGGAGGCCAGACCAGUUCCAGGAGGGUCUUCCCUGCAUCCAAGAAAAUGCCUUUGCAAGGCUGUGCUGUAUGUUGACUGCUAGCAUCUAGUGAUCUCUGUAGGUCAAGAGCAUGUUUAUACUUCACUGCCAAAAUGACCUCUUCGACCUCUGAACAGCAUCCAGCAUCUGAGAAUGCCUGCAGAAUCGCACUUGGACAAGCUAAUCAGGUACAACCGAAACUGCCACUCCUGAAGAUUCUGCAAGCAGCAGGUGCACACGGUGAAACCUUCACAUUGAAGGAGGUUAUGCAUUACCUGGGACAGUAUAUAAUGGUGAGGCAGCUAUAUGAUAAGCGGCAACAGCACAUGGUGUACUGUGGAGGGGAUCAGCUGGGAGAAUUGCUGGGACUGGAGAGCUUCUCUGUGAAAGAUCCAAGCCCAGUUUAUGACAUGCUGAAAAGGAACUUGACUUCUGUUACUAUUACAGAUGCUGCACAGACUCUUGCUCUCGCAAAGGAUCAGAGCGUCGAUAAUCCAAGCCAAGAUCAGCUGAAGCAGACUAGCACAGAGGGAAGCUCUGACACUGAGGGAACAGAGGACAAAAGUGGUGCUCCUGCUUUGUCUACCUCACAGUGCAGCUAUGGAAACUGCGAAGACAAAGACUUAAUAGAAAACCUCUCAAAAAGCAAAAAGCCCAAGCUGGAUCUGGUGUUUGAGGAGUGGGAUGUAGCUGGCCUUCCAUGGUGGUUUUUAGGAAAUCUGAGAAACAACUACAAGUCCAGAAGUAACGGGUCAACAGACAUACAGACCAACCAGGACAUAGACACUGCCAUUGUUUCAGAUACUACUGAUGACUUGUGGUUCCUCAAUGAAUCUGCGUCAGAUCAAUUCAAUGUUGCCGUCAAAGUGGAGACAGUGGACUGCGAAGAAGUGGGGAAAGAGAGUGACAAAAAGGUGAUUGAGGUUACGUGUACUGAUGACCUCGAGGAUUCUCAGUCCCUAAGUGACGACACAGAUGUAGAAGCUGCCUCUGAGGACUGCUGGCAAUGCACCAAAUGCAAGAAGUUUAACUCUCCAGUCAAACGGUACUGUUACCGCUGCUGGGCCUUACGGAAGGACUGGUACUCGGAUUGCCCCAAACUAGCUCAUUCUCUCUCUCUGUCCACGAUUGAUACUAUUCAAGGCAAAAAGGAUGAUGAGGGAAUCGAUGUCCCAGACUGCAGAAGGACCGUGUCUGCUCCAGUUUGCCGACCCAAAGAUCUGCACACAGGUGAAUGUGAGUCCCAUGUAGACCCUGGCAGCUCUAUGGAGUCCCUGGGUUUGACACAGGAAUGCAAGGUCCAGGAGCCACAGAUGCAUUUUGGUGAACGCAAAAAGGAAGAAGUAGUAGAAUGGCAAGAGAAUAUCAAAAAUUUGUUGAAUCCCUGCCUUCUAUGCCAGAAGAGGCCACGGGAUGGGAAUAUUAUCCAUGGAAGGUCUGGUCAUCUAGUGGCUUGCUUCAGAUGUGCGAAAAUGCUGAAGAAAGGGAGAUUGCCAUGUCCAGUAUGCAAGAAACCGAUCCAGAUGGUGAUCAGAAUCUUCAUGGGGUAGCUGUGCCGCUGCAAGGUGCUUCAGGGACUUAAAUGGUCACUAGUCAGGGGACAGUUGCCACAAGGUUUACGUUAGUGUCUAUGGUGCUGCAAGGGAGCUUAAUUACAUAACUCAGCUAAAGAACAAGGGUCCCAAACUGACAGAGGAAGUUGAGGAAUCCCCUUAAUGAAAUGAAAC